AUGCCGAACGCGACGGCUGAGGCCCACAAGGCCGCAGGGAACGGGUUCUUCAAGAACGGGGACUACCGCAAUGCGAUCGCAAAGUACACUGACGCCAUCGCUGCUGACCCGAACAACCACACCUACUGGUCCAACCGAAGCGCUUCUUACGCGGGACUGAUGGAGUGGGAGGAGGCGGCGCACGAUGCGGCGGAAUGCAUCAAGGUCAACAAGAACUUCGUAAAAGGAUACUUCCGGUUGGCGACGGCGAAGAAGAACCUGAACGAGUUGGACGCUGCUGCUGACGUCAUCAAGCGGGGCUUGUGCGUGGAGCCACGCAACGCCGAUCUUAAGAAGAACCUGAAGGAGAUCGACGAGCUUAUCCGAGGGGAAAAGGUUUCCCAGUUUGUCGCCCAGGCAGAGGCCCAGCUCAAGGCCGGAGACUACGGUGCCGCGAUGAAGGCGGUCGAAGCGGGUAUGCGCCUGGACGCCGGGAACAAGGACUUGCAGGCCGUGCAAGACCGCGCCAAGCCCAAGUUCGAGGCCGCGGAACGAUCUCGGAAAUCAGGCCUCAGCUCCACGGCGCUGCUGAAGGAGAAGGGGGACGACUUUUACAGGAAGGCUUCCUUCGAGGACGCGAUCGUGAAGUACACCGAGUGCCUCGACAGCCUCCCGGACAAGAGGAGCGAGCUGGCCAUCAAGUGCUACAGCAACCGCUCCGCCUGCUACAAGCAGCUGUCAAACUUCGACGCCACGGUCGAGGACACCACCGCGGUGCUCGAGGUAGAGCCGGAGAACGUCAAGGCGCUGGUCAGGAGAGCGUACCGUUUCGCGCUGCAGGACGUCCGCACGGUGUUGACAAUGCCACAGGACAAGGUGGGCUCCGCGAACCUUUCCCUGGCCAACGGGAUGCAGCACCGCCUUAACAGGGUAGUCCAGCAGCUGAAGAACGCCAGCUGAAGCUAGAGCUGGUCUGUGGUUUGUGAGCGCUCUGGCAGGGGGUGGAGAGAGGAAGGCGGCCUGACUUGACUUGCGGGGUCAGCCCACCUGGGGCGAGCCCCUGCGCGUUUUAUUUGCUUUGGGGUGACAGUGUGUGCGGGAUGACGGGCUAGCAAAGAUGCGGUCACGCACGUCCUCGCGGACCAGGAAGAACAACGUUCGCGGUAUUUCCCACGGUGCUGCUUAUUUUCAUGUCCUGGGGUGUGUGUCGUCGAGUUUUGCUGCAUGCGGGGCGCACCCCAGCAUGGAAGUGUGGCACGAUUUACGUUGGCGCAGUCACCUGGCUGAGAGCGCCACGAAACCGUACUUCGUCUCCUAAAGGAAAUACUAGGGGCAAAAAGUAGGAGCCUGUGCAUGCCAAGGGACUAAUACAUCAGGUUGGCACGCCAGGUAUAGGGCUGAAUCGCAUGUGCCUGAGAGGUGGGAUACCUAGUUGGAUCGUUCACGUCGUGCGAAAUCUGCACCGGUCUUGUUCUGAAAAAGCUUGUCAUUGUUUGGUUUCUUGUGCGGGGAUGCAGCGGGAAGGGGGGGGGGACGGGUGCAAUUUUGUCCGGUCCGUCGAAGGCAUACGUCGCUCGUUGCGUCAGUUGGCUUUUGCCCGUGUGAAGAGGAAAAUGUUGCUCGGUAAUAUGUUGGCCGCGCUUCUACAUCACUCAGCAACGGCGGCGGCGGCGGGGUGCCGCGGUGA